CCAGAGAGCGAUGCCCGAGACCCAUUUCAGACUCGCGGAAACCUGACCGGCCGUGGCCACCUCCCAACCCUGGCCACCCAAGUGGACACCACAGCAGAGAAAUAUUCCGGCCUCUACGUCUACGUGGGCUUGUUCCUGACCCUUCUGGCCAUCCUGCUCAUGCUGCUGCUCUCGGUGCUCCUGCGCCUCAAGCACGUGGUGUCCCCGCUCAUGUCCCCCGAGGGCACCGAGAACGCCCAGCAGUUCACGGAUGUGGAGAUGCACAGCAGGAUUCCAACCGCUUAGACAGACACCCAAAGCUUGUGGAAUGUGUUUUGUUUGGCCAAACGUGGUGGGAGGAAUGUGUGGCUGCCUGUGGAGCCCUGCAGCUUCUUGCACAACCAGCAGCACAGAGCACCUGGGAAGUGUCGUGAAUCAGCGGCUGGUAACACUGCAGGUGAAUUGUGGGCAAUACCCUCAGUAAAAUUUACAGUAUAGAAACCUACUGCUGUCAGGAAAGACUGGUGUCCCUCUAAAAACCUUGCAGGAAUCAUGAAGGCCACAAUAAGAACAGCCAAAACCCACAGAGACAGAGAGCAGAAUGUGUCCUGGAGCCUGUGUUUGCUGACACCUCUGUCUGCCCUUAAAAUAUCCUGUGAGAGGAGUUGAAUCAACAAAGUUGAGUGGUGUAAGUGGGAAGAGCCCACAGGGCACAGGCAGAAAUUAUCAGUGGCUUGAAUAUUCUCAGGCAUUUCUCCCAUUCAAGAGGGAAAAGCUUAAAUUGCUUUUUUUCCACUGGGAUGGCAAUUACACAGUGGAGUUUUGGAAGUAUACAAAUGGUUCAUCACCUGCUGGAAUGACUGUUUUUUUACACUAAAACCUGUACAGUGAGGAGUUGCAUGCUGGAUACCACAAAGAGACAGAACUUUAAAAGAGGAAAGAAAAUAAAGCCAAAAAUUAAGCAAGGUUUAAAGUAAAAAUAAAGCAUAGGCAGGAAAAUGAGCAGCAGGAGAGAAAAAAAUGUUAAGACACUCUACCUCUUCCUUUGUUCUUCAUCACAUUAACUGAACAGAACACAAACAUGUUCAUGAUUUUCAGCUUCCCCAGUAUCACCCAGUAAUUACAGAAAAAACUUGAGUGAGAUUGUUUCAGCUAUGUCUCUAAAGAGCAGAAAUUUUACACAGUUUAUCCUCUUUAUUACGAUCUCGUUCUAGUUUAGCAAUAAAAUCUUAAUUCUUCUCUCUCCAAGGGCUUGGAAAGUGUAAACACCUGACAUGAAACCAGUGUAAAAUUGAGGAAGACACAAGAGCCACACUUUUUUGUGAUGAUCUGGAUAUUAAUCCAACGAAGACAGAUGGAUACCAAGUUAGUCAGUGACAUUUAAAAUUAACAAAAAUCUAUGCAGCUCAAGUUGGCCUGGUAUGUGUCAUUCACUGAGCCAUCAACAAGGCAGCCUAGCCCAUGCUCAACAUCUGACUUGCCCUCUAAAACUUUUCAAUUUUCUUGAUAUGCCACUCAAAAGCUACAACUUACCCAGACCAUAAAUGUUCUAAUGUACUAAAUCAGCAGCUAAACCACAUUAACCUUCCAGCACAACCAUCUGUAGAACAGCCUUGUAUCCAAGAGGCUGCAGAACAGACAGCUUUUAUCGACAUAAAAUGCCAGACCCACUAAAGGAAAAUGAAAGUAUCAGAAUCUGAGCUGGACCCCAAAUCCUGAUUGCUCUGAUCUCAGCCAAAAUGCCCCCAAGGGAGGUGUCAAGACUGAGCUUCUUUCCUUCCUACUAGAGAAUGUUAUUUCAGAAGAGUCACACAUUUUAAAACUUAUUCAGUAAAUAUAUUGUAAAUAAAUGAGCAACUGCUUUAUAUAUCAUUACAUUAUCUAUCAUCUUUGGGCAGACUGUGUAUUGCUAUAUAAUACUGUAAUGGAAGGAACCAUAUCUUCUAAUAAAAAAAAUGACAAAUUUUCCUUUUUAUAGCCUAAUUUCACACAAAGUGUCUGUCCCACUUGACACUCCUACAGACCAAAUGGCACUUAGAGUGCCUCAUUUGCCUAUACAAUGCCAGUAAACUUCAAAAGCUUUCCCACUAAGAAAUAGCAGAAUGCCUUUCCCCCUUUUCAUUCUCAUUUGUAAUGUCCAAGAUCUGAGGGAUGGCUCUGAGAAAAGACUGGAUCUUGGACAGCUGCAGGUCCCACAUCCAAACCCUCCAGCAAUCUGUUCCCUUCCCACUUGUCCCUCUGCUGCAGAAAAUGGGUUUACAAAGAUAAUAUUCUAUCAGUGGUGAGUCAUUGACUGCUCUGUGCUGUUCCCACCUGCUCCUUCUCUGUGUCAGAAUAUAUAAAUAUAAAUAUUUAUUUCCAUAUCCUCGCAGGGCUGCAGAAUACAACAUAAUUUUGCAGACAGCGUGACCCAGCAGAGGACCGAACUUGAGCUUCCCCAAGGACCUUUUUUGAUAUUAUUGGAAAAGAAAUAAAAAAAUGUUUGAAACGCCAAAA